AUGGCCGAGAGCAUCUCCGCCCCGCGCAUCACGGCGCAGCAUCUCGACGCCUUCGCCGGCCGCCUCGUCACCAUGGUCGGCAAGGUCACCCAGCUACGUGGCGACCAGGCGACCAUCGACGCCGACGGCACCGUUACCGUCGUCCUCAACCGGGACGCUCACCUGAGCAACGGGAAUGCCGUCCAGAUCAUCGGCAAGGUCAACCCCGACCUGUCCAUCAAGGUCCUGAGCUCCAAGGAUCUUGGCCCCGGCGUCGGUCUGUCCCCCCCUUCGCCCUCUGCCAUGCCGCACCUCUCGCUGACGGCAGACCGUCGCCAGACUUUGGCCUCUGCACCGCCGUCGUCGCCGCCACGCACCGGUUCAAGGAGAUUUUCGUCGCGGAGAGCUAAACACAGAAAGACCAUGAACGUCGUGCGCUGCGAGCAUGGCUUGGCUACGAAGCAUGAACAAUACCAUUGA